AUGGAGCUUCCAACGAUUGAGCAACUGAACCUGCAAGGAAGUCCAUCCGAGAUCGAGGAAUGGGUUGAACGAUUCUACCUGUGGUGCAGUAUUCGCAAAGGUGGUGCACAGAAUCAGUCAGCCCUAUUUCUUACUGCCGGCGACCGUGACCUCUACUCCCUGUUAAGAAACCUGGCGUUCACUGAGGCUCCAGCCAAACUACCAUACGAGUCCCUGAAAUCGCUGUUGCUCAACCACCUGCUGCCCACUGAAUUCCAAGCACAUGAAAGGGCCAAAUUCAGCUCUAUGAUUCGUGCCGAUCAUCGUCUGGUCGUGACAUGUUCCAAUGAUACAGGAGGUAUGCACGUACAGCCGGCCAAACUGGAAGUUGAUGAUGAACCCAUUUUCCUGAAACGGCGUGUGAUUCCCUACGGCCAAAGUGAUGGUACGGCGAUUGUCGAAGUCUUCCGCGGCCUCGAAGGCGUUUUAGCGUACCAGGACGAUGUCAUUGUGUUUGGUACAACAAAGGCCGAGCAUGACGACAGACUCCUCAAACUACUGGAGCGGUUCGCCCAAAACAACGUGUCAAUUCGUGCUACCAAAUUUGUGUUCUGCUCACACGAAUUGGAAUUUUCGGGUUUCACAGUGGAUGCAAAAGGCUAUCGUUCUGAUCCAAGUUGCCUCCGCCCAUUGACUGAACACGAGUCACCAAGAGACUAA